AGGGUAUGCACAGUUGCAUAGCCAUUUGGGCAGUUUCAAAAUGCUCUACAGAAUGAUUGAAUCUGUUCACAUCUCCACAAAUUAUUAUUAAUUAUGUUUCAUUUCCCCCACAUCCUCUCCAAUAUUUGUGGUCCUCUUUGCUUUGAAAUUGCAACCAGGACCUCUGUUCCCUUGUAAUUAACCACUGGCACUAUGCUCUGUCCAUGAGGUGCCAGCCAAAACUGUGCCAAUCAGUACCAGCUGUACUCACUUCCAGGAAAUGCUUUAAAUCAUCUCUUUCUGACCAUUUAUCCUCAAUUUUACCAAUUUAACCAAUCUCUGGCCUGAGAUCUCCUAAAGCUGCUUGUGCUAUUGCCCCUUCUGAAGCCCAUUGUUGAUGUUUUUGUUGCACUCCAGGCAGACUUCCACCAUGAUGUCACAUCUCUUUCACCAACUUCCUAAGUUGUCCUAGGCUGAAAAAUUGAUCACCCUAACCCUUUAUUGGUCCUGAUCUAAAAUUAAUUUAGCGCAUUUUUAAAAAAGUGUUUUGGAGACAAAUGAUGGGAGAGUUUAGCUAGGUUGCUGCUUCCAGUCCACUAUCUUGGUUCCCUAAUUCAGUGAAGGAUUUUUCAUGAUCAUACCUCAGAAAAUAUUGUCUAAUAUCUAGGAUGCAGGGAUAAAUAUUGAGCUCUUUGACUGGAAAUAUUUCCACUUAUCUGUCAAAUAAUAUUAGUUCUAUCAUCUGCACUGCAGAUACAAACUCCAGAAAUGAUUUGUAUUAAUUUGUCAUUGGUAUAAUCCAAGAAUUGUUCUGCCUGGAGAGAGAAACAUCCAGAGCAGUAGAGUCCCGUCAUGCCUUUGAGCAUCUCUCUAACAAAAGACAUUUUGAUUUGAUUUGAUUUGAAAUCACAUUUUAUAGAAUUCUUGAACAAAAAAAUACCAAAAUGUGGUAAAGAUAAAAGUUAAUUUUUGCUUUGUCAAACAGAAAAAAAUGUUAUAUAACCUUUUACCACAUUCUUUUUCUUAAAUCGUUUUCCUAAAAAGAUUGAGUUUUUCUACAAUCCUCCCCCCUAAAGAUUCCCUUCAACCACUUCAAACUGGUUAUUAGUGAUAUUUAAAAGAGAUUUCUUUAAUUAGAUGAAGAUGAUGAAGAGGAGAAAGCUUGAUUUCAACAUAUAGGUUUUGUAAUUUGGUAAACAAAGUUCAUCAUACACAGCUCAGGCCUUUUGAUUCAAAUUAAGCCGAUCAGAAAGAAUAACACAUUGAAAGAGAAACUUCAUCUCAUUUGCAUUUAGCAAAUGACUUAGUAUUGCCAAGAUCAUUUCACAUGAGGAAAUGGAAUCACCAUUCAAUUUGGAGAUAGUGUUGGAUAGAUAGAAUUAACUGGGCUGUAAGGAAUCCUUAAACCAUUUUGGUGAUGAAGUCCUCUCAGGACUACACAUUUUUCACUUGGGUAGAAGAUUAAAACAGGAAAGAAACGUGACAUUAUCAAGCCUGAAGAAUGUUCACAUAAUUCAGGGAUUGUUUUUACCUGGUUAUCAAUCCAACAGAAGUGUUUUUAAGAGUAGUAAUUUAUUUAAGACUAGUAAUCUUUCAGUCAACAUGCUAAAUGGGGAGAAAAUCAUAAUGGUUCUGGUAGCUGGAGAGUUCCUAUUGGGAUUUUUAGGGAAUGGAUUCAUGGUAUUAGUAAAUGGCAUUGAUUGGAUCAAGAGCAAGAAGUUUGCAACAGUGGAUCUCAUCCUGGUACACUUGGCCAUUUCUAGAAUUGGUCUGUUAUGCACAUUAAUAUCGAUUAGCUCUCAACUUAUAUGCUGUUUGGCUGAAUUCCUGGUGAAUAAAUCUCAGGCUGUUGAUAUUUUCUGGAUAUUGACCCACCUUUCAAGUAUUUGGUCUGGCACUUCCCUGAGUGUCUUCUAUUUCCUGAAGAUUGCCAACUUCUCCCACCCUCUCUUCCUCUGGCUGAAGUGGAGAAUAAACCAAGUGGUUCACAUGCUACAGGUGGGACCUUUCCUCAUAGCUUUGUUUAUUAACCUUUUACUAUUCACAAAAACUUACAACUUUACAUUCAAUAUAGAAAACAACACAAAAGCAUUCCCAGGGCUCCAGAUGAAUGGAAGUCAAUAUAUCACCCUGCAGGUUAUUGUGAACUUCUUGAGUCUACUCCCCUUUACUUUGUCUCUGUUCUCAUUUUUUUCCCUCAUCCUCUCCCUCUGGAGACACACUCUUCAGAUGAAGCUCAAUGCUACAGAAUCCAAGGACUCUAGCACAGAGGCCCAUGUUCGAGCCAUGAAAGCAACAUUCUGUUUCCUUUUCCUCUUUAUACUGUUCAACUUGAGUUCAUCCAUUGCCCAGUGGAGCCACAUAAUUCCAAACAAAAAACUAGCUGUGAUGUUUGGAUUCCCAUUGAUGGUCCUCUAUCCCUCAGGCCAUUCUUUGAUCUUGAUUCUGUACAACAGCAAACUGAGACAGGCAGCCCUCAAGAUGUGGUGGCAGGUGAGAUGCUGCCUGAAAAGAAAUAAAUGA